CCGCUAUCCACACUCAAGUCUUUUUUUACCCUGACAUGCAAUCAGUGCAUCAUACGUCGCGUACCUAAUUACACACUUGCAAGAGUACCGACGCCCCCCAUUCCCCAGUCUCUCGUCCCAUACUUAUAUCCUUCAUAGCCUCCCUCCUGCCCAGCCUUGUCUACUUGUCAAGUAUGAGCUUGCGUUGUGUCAGGUCUUGUUCAUCCAUCAUUGGCUUGAUCUGUUUUACACUUCCCACUCCUUCACAGCACGUUUCAUAACACAUCAUCAUGACCUCAAUUACGCAAUUACUGUCACCAUGGCCUGUUUCUAAGCAUUCAAUAGUCUUGCGCGAACAGCAUUAUCCUCCACCACAAUCAUCACUUCUCGAGGGCAUCGACAGCAUGUCACAACAUCAUCCCUCACCGCCAACCGAUCCUGCCAGCAACGACGCCAUCACAGCAAGUGCGGAAAGUGACCAGGGUGAAGGCAAUGGCGACGGUCGAAAGGGAUAUGGAAAGCGCGAACUCAGUACCAGCAAGCGAGCUGCCCAGAAUAGGGCUGCCCAGCGCGCGUUUCGCCAACGAAAGGAGGGCUACAUCAAGAAGCUCGAGGAACAAGUUCGAGAUUAUCAAGUCCUGAGCGAGAAUUUCAAGGCUGUCCAGGCCGAAAACUACCAACUGCGCGACUACAUCAUCAACUUGCAAUCCCGGUUACUAGAGUCUCAAGGGGAAGUACCACCGCCUCCUAGCAACGUCGAUGGACUCCAGCCAGGUAAAGCCGGCUCUGUCCAACAACCAGGCACGCUACCACGUCUGUCGGAACUCGGUGCUAUUGGUCAACCACAAGACGGCGUCAGCAGCAUACACCAUGAACCUCUCCGGAGCGGAUACCCCGACCCUACAUAUGCCGAUGCUCCAGCGACGAAACGCGCAAGGACUGGAUCGUCUGAGAUGACACCGUCGCAAGCUGCGCUACAAGGAUCGGCCAUUCUGACACAACCGCCCACAGCUGCUCGGUAACAAUCUGUCAAAUCUGCCAUCCUUUGGUCGAUAUUUUUGUUCAAUUUAACGGCGUGGGGACUGUAUGCUCGGUGUUUCUGGGCGGCAUCAUAUUCGGGGUCUGGGGGUGGGUGUCUUUGGUCAAGAAUCAAAUUAUCGGCGUCUGGAUCGGCUCUCAGUGGAUGUCAUACCCAAGACAGACACUGUUCACGAACAAUGAGAUUUUAGAGGACACGGGAGUCCUACGAAUGCACGGGUUAGAUGUUGAAGUACACCAGAAGGAAGUGCUGCAUGGCUUAGGUGAGCUCUGCUAGCAAUGGGCGCAGUGUAUUGACAGGUACGGCCGCAAUAACCGUGGCUAGCAAAUGUACAAGUGGAUCAAAUCUCCGCGAUGCGCGGAAGUUUGAUGUUGCAACUUGCUCC